UCGUUAAUUUACGUAAUUGCCCCUCUGCCGCGGGAUGGCGUUAACGUGAAGCGCGCCCCCCCCCCUCCGAAACCCUUCUUUUUCCUAUUCGUCCUACAGACAGUGGAGGUCGCCCCGCGCGCGCGCUCGUGGACCGGCGCUCGUUACAGCACCUCUCCGCGCACGCAGUUGCCCACCCGCCGCCGCCGCUGCUUCUCGCGCUCUAGCUCCUGCUCGCGCUCACUUGCCACACUGCCGUUCAAAAUGGCGGCAGCUUCGUCCGUUCGGCCGCCUAGCCUGCACGCGCUGAGCCGCGAGAACUCGCCGUUGCGCGACGCGGACAGCCUGGAGAGCCGGCAGGACGAGGACUCGGGCUCCGAGGGGACGUGCCUGCGCCUCCUGCCGGAUUUGGAGCCCGAUGAGAUCGCGAGAAGGCUGGAGAAAACUCGCAGAGAGCUGAGCAACAGGAGGAAGAUCCUGAUUAAGAACCUGCCGGCGGACAUCAGCAGCCAGGAGGUCCAUGACAUCCUGCGAGAAUAUGAGCUGAAGUACUGUUACGUGGACAGAAACAAAGGAACAGCCUUCGUGACGCUGCUGAACGGCGACCAGGCGCAGGAUGCCAUCCGCACCUUCCAUCAGACCACCAUCCGUGGGCGGGAGAUCACGGUGCAGCUCCAGCCUACGGACGCGCUGCUAUGCAUCGCCAACCUACCGCACACCUUCACGGGCGCACAGUUCGAGGAGCUGGUGCGUGCCUACGGCAACAUCGAGCGCUGCUUCCUUGUGCACAGCGAGCGAACGGGUCACUCCAAGGGCUACGGCUUCGUGGAGUACAUGAAGAAGGACUCCGCGUCACGGGCACGCUCCGAGCUGCUGGGCCGCCUUCAGGGUGACCGUGCGCUCGUGGUCCAGUGGACUGACGUCAACCAGCUGACCGCUGACCACCUCCACUCCAAGUGCCUUUGCGUAGACAGACUCCCUCUGGAUAUCUGUCAGUCUGACGAACUUGCACGCAUUUUCUCAGAUAGGUACAAGCCCGUCUUCUGCCAGCUGGCCCAGGACGAGGACAGCCACGUGCGCGGCUUCGCCGUGGUGGAGUACGAGACGGCAGAGCAGGCGGAAAGCGCGCUCACGGAAAUGGACCGGCGGGCGGUGGGAGGGCGGGAGAUCCGGGUGUCCCUGUGCACACCGGGGACCUCGGGGCGCAGCACGCUGGCCGCGCUCAUCGCCGCGCAGGGAGUGAUGUCGAGCAGUAAGAAGGGUUUGCUCCCGGAGCCCAGCCUGGCCCAGCUGUUGAGCAGCAUGAGCAACCCGGCGGCACUGCAGGUGCUGCUGAGACCCUACCAGGCAGGAGCCGGCAAACGAGGAGGGAAGUUUGGGCGCCCGCAGGGGCUGCCCUUCCUGCGUCCACCCUUCACUGCCGCUCUGCUCCAGCUGGGGAAAGUACAGCAGAAUGCCAUGCUGGGCAACGGACUGGUGUUGCAGAACCUGCUUCAGAUGCAGCUGGCCCAGCAGCAGCUCCUGCAGAUCAAGGACAAGCACUUGAACAACGUUCCCAGUCUGCUGGGUGACCCCUCCAGGAUAUUGCUACAGAAGGCCUUGGGCAUGAGGGCCACAACACCCCUGUCUCUGGGCAAGGGACUGCUAGGGGACUCCCCAAAUGAACUACCCCAGGAUGGUGCGCAGACCACUAGCCAUGCCUCAGGAGCCUCCGUCGGGAUGGUGCCCUAUCUCGCUGGUCGGGCGCACGUAGGAGCCUCGAGUGCCGGGGAGCAGAACGGCACCUCGGCAACCGACAAGCAACCGGCACCCCCGGGGACCUCGGUAGCUGGGCCUUCGGUGACGCCCGGCUUCCUGCAAGGCAUGGGCAACCCCAUCAUGGGUGCUCUGCUGGCAGGGGGUGGAUCCAAGGCACAGCAAGGUCUGCAGAGCAGCAGCGAGAACAGUACAUCGGGCAUGCCCCCGCCCAGCGGCCAGACCUCGUUGCUGGGAGAGCCACCUAAGGAGCUGAAGUUGCCCUCGAACCCCUACCUGAACCUAGCCAGCGUGCUGCCUGGCAUGGUGCUUCAAGCCCCCGGUGCCAAGCCUCCGAGCGCGCAGCAGCAUUGCGGGGUGUACAGCAGUGUUCUGACACCUGCCUCACAGCCUCCAUCUCAGUCCGUGGCCACAAGCUCCCAGUACAGCACCGAUUCGUCCAACGAGUACGCGCAGCACUACAGCCAGCCUUACUCGCAGGAAGCCAUACAGCAGUGGUACCAGCACUACCAAGCGCAGAGCUACAGCAGCAGCACGCAGGAGCCACCCUCCAGCGAAUACGCCAAGGAGCCGGCCCAGAUCUCCGCUUAUGCCCAGCCCGCCUCCAGCUCCUCCGAGAGCUACUAUAACCAGGGAAGCACCACUACUACCUACGGGGACUACAGCAGCUACAUGCAGGCCGUCAGUCAAUACUACUCGCAGACCCAUUUGUCCCAGGCAGCGGUUCAACCGUACCAGAGGGAUGCGAGCAAGGAGGCUGACCUAACGAAGGCCACCCUGGGAGGAUCCCUGCACGCGGCUAGCAACGGCGGCGCCCAGAGCGUGCACCCUGCUGCCGUGGCUCCUGUCUACAGCUCCGUGCCCCUGGUACCGGGGUACAUCGGACCCCAGCACGUGGGCUCCAGCCCCACGGCGCCCCCUCAAGCUAGCCAGAGCACUGCCGACUGGAACCAGUACUAUUACAACCAGGUGCGGGGUCAGAAGCGCGAGUACUCGCAGCUUCCGGGACAGGACGCGGUGGCCGAAGGGGCGUACGUGGGCCAGCACUCCCAGGGCCUCGGCGGUCAGUACGCAGACUACUUCAAGAAGAAGCGGAUCUAGAGAGGCCCCCCAAGGCCUCACCCCGUGCUUCUGGUCUUGUCCUCCGUGCUUUUAGUACAGCCCCUUCCCCACCUGCCUUCCUUCAUGUUGUUGAUGUUUCGUCCAUGCCUUAAUUUUUUAGCUCUUCUGCUUCUUGGUUGUUGUUAAAAUGGUUUCUGUUUACAAAAAAUGACAUUUUUAUAAGCGUAUUAUACUUUUUGUAUUUGUAUAAUGGAAGUCCUCUCUGUGGGAUGUGUUGUCAGGUAACUUAUUUCCGUAUAAAAACAGUUUUCUUUCUCGGUGUGAGAAACGGCACAGCUAACAGGGUUGAUGCGCUGAUUUUUUCGGUUGUGAUUUCUGAAGAAGUGAUGUCUUUUCUCCUACUUUCGCACCCCAUUUCCCCCACCGAAGGACUUCUCGACACGCCGGUCUCCCUUGCUGUACCUUGCUUUAACCUUUAAGUGUAGGAGCGACUAGCCAUUAAGCAGAGGUUCCAACAGCUGGAGUCUCCAAGCACAGGGGCCCCCAAGGGUGCUGCUUUGGGGCCUCGAAUAAAGCUCUUAACCUUCAAGGACGGAAGCCUUCCUUGAACCAAAGGGCCCAGUUUGAUAGGAAAUGCAAUAAUGUAUGGUACUGCGUGACUAUAUUCCUAUAUUCCCCACGAAACCUGCUGCUGCUCUGGAACCGUUUGCCCGUUUCCGCGGAGCGCAGAGCGGCUCUAGAGCUGCACAGUGACGGGGACUCGUUUCUGGAGCUUUACGCCAGGCUAUUAAAACUGCCGGUACAGAGGAAACGUGAUCGCUAGUGCUGAAGUGACACGAAGGAACUUUAUUAUACUGCGGUAUUUGGACGCGAAUGUAACGUCGUGCAGGAGGAAGCAGGAGGCGAAUGCUACGGCCCUGCUCGACAAGAUGCCGACCGCACAACUCAGGCGUUCUCAUUUCUGACACCAUGGCAAUAUGAAUGAUAGCGCACAGCAAGCACCGUCCCGCAGCAGUCCUGCCGGAAGGCGACCUCUCCCUCUCGCCGCCGUACGCCGAAGCCGGGGUACCCCUUCGGCCAGAGGUUCACGGCCUCCGUCUGGCUCCCGAGCAACCGAACCGUGAUGUCAUCUGCAGAGAAUACAUAUCUGUAAGUUCCUCCAGCGUUCGGCUUGCUGUCGGACGGCACGUUGCCCCCCUUCCGUGCGCCGCGGCCCGUCGGCUUUUAAGCACUUGACUGUUCUUUUCCAGAAGCCUUAAAAAGGCAUCCUUUGAAAUGAAGGGAGGUUGUUUGUAGUAAAGAAAACCUUUUCUAGUCUUACUCACUCUCAAACAGACGACUAGCGUGUAUUCAGGAUUUAUUAAAUGGUUUUUUUUUCUUUUUUUUUUUCUUUCGCUGCAGUCCAGGUGAUUCUCUACGUAUUCUCCUUCCUUGCUCACAACAGCAGGUAGUUCAAGUGCCGCAGUCCAAGUCGCAAGCAGCGUUGGAGGCGUUUCGUUAGUUUGUUGCUCGGCAAGAAAGUCCCGCCCUCCCCCAGACUCCCGUGAGAAGACCCAGACCGGACUGGAGGGCCCCGCUGCGUUCGCCUUGUUGGGUAGAGCCGUUAAACAAACGGCGCCAGAUGUUCGAGCGCGCGUCGACGUGGCGUUCUGCUCGCGGUGUCACGCGUUCUGUAAAUGCUCAGACAUGUUCACGUCCUCCACCUCCUGCUGCUGGCUGUGGGAUCUGUUCUCGCUGGCAACUUUGCGUUUGCUGUUGCGAGAAUCCUUCGAAGCGACAGACGGGAUCCUCCAGCUACCUACCGUUACGGAGGGACCCGCUCGGACCCUUUACCUCUAGUCUUUCACCAACGCGGCUCUGGUGUUCGCAAGAUCCUCACCCGGCUGGCUUCAAAACAUGCUCGUGCCCAUUGUGUCCUCGGCGCGAGGCCAGGGAGGGUAUGGAGACUCGGCGCUGAGCAGGAAGCCACGCUGUGACACAAAGGGGUUCCCCACUGUCGCUGCUGUGCCUAUUUCUGCUUGUUGCCAACCAGGUUCACCAUUAGCACUGAUUGUAAACACUGUACUCCCUUGGAAGUUUGCGGGCAGAGCUGGUGAAAGAGAGUAAUUCGUAGGCCGUGAGACCACGUUUCUGAACAAAAGUGAAACGUGUGACAAGUGUGGGUUCAUCGCCUGGUGAAGGCGCCUUCAGUGCUGGAUGGAUGGAUGGAUGGAUGGAUGGAUGGAUGGAUGAAGGACGGAGGAGUGUUUCUCUCACUAGGAGCCUUGCAAUAUUGUGAUCGUUUUCAGUGACAGGAAGGAACAUUUUAAUGCCCAAAGUUUAGGUCCGAACACAGGCUUGUUACUUUGUACAAAUAAUAAUUUAAAAAAAAAAAAAAAAAAGAAAAAUUUGCAGGCUGUUUUUGUUUGAAAGUAUUUAUCUAGAUUUUCUGACAAUUUAGAGUUUGCAAUAUUUUAUAUUUCAAAUAGGUUGAUAUUGCUUUACUGUGAAUAAGCUAUUUUUAGGAACAUUGAAAUUUUAGCAUGCAUAUUUAUAGCUGUAAAAUAAAAGUUCCAAGAAUGUUUUCAAUAGCUGAUAUUAAUGGCGCUUUUUCAUUUUGACACUGCUUUGAUUUGUAUAUGAAUUAAAUGUGUAUUUAUGUACAUUUUUCCACCAGUCAUCCUGUUUCCCAUUCUAAUUCACCUGAAAGGGGAGGGUGAUUUUUGAGUGGCACUAUCUGUCUGUGACAUUCCGGAAUAAAAAUGGAGGGAUCGCAA